AUGAGAGCAUUAGAUGAUUAUUAUGAAAAGAAUUUCCCUGAAUUUGUCCCUCUUCGUACAAAAUACAAAGAAAUUUUACAGGAGGAAGAAGAUCUUUCUGAAAUUGUCCAACUCGUAGGCAAAGCUUCAUUAGCCGAAUCUGACAAAAUUACUCUUGAAGUUGCAAAAAUUAUUAAAGACGAUUUCCUCCAACAAAAUGGUUAUGCACCUUAUGAUCGUUUUUGUCCGUUUUACAAAACUGUUGGAAUGAUGAAAAAUAUGAUUGCAUUUUAUGACUUUGCCCGUCAUGCAGUUGAAUCUACUGCUCAAUCUGACAAUAAAAUUACUUGGGCAAUUAUUCGUGAUCAUAUGAAUGAAUUAAUUUAUGAAUUGUCUUCUAUGAAAUUUAAGGAUCCUAUAGUUGAUGGAGAGGAAAAAAUAAAAAAAGAUUUUGAUGAUCUUUAUGAACGUAUGCAGGUAGAUUAA